AUGUCAUCUCCUGCUCCUGUUGGCAUUACUCCCCGUAAACGCGCCCGUCAACCAGAACCAGAAGGUUUGGUUGCUCCUUCUUCCGCACCUGCCAACAACAAAGGUUGGAAAUGUAUCGGUUUUGUGAACCAUGCUGGGGAUCCCAACAUUACCCAUGGUAAACUUGUUUAUGUUCGUAAAUCAAAUCAUAAGGACUACGUGUAUCCUUGUCUACCUCUCGUUCAUGGGACAGACCAAGUGAAGGACGCAAUCGAGGAAAUAAAACUCGUUCUCAACAAGUUCGUAGAUGGUAGUUGCCAGUGUUCUGCCACGAAGAGGCAACUGUGUGGUGAAGCUUUGUUGGAACUUGGGGCUUUGGGAGACGAUGUAGCAAUCGUGGGGGAUCCGGUGAUGAGGUGUUCCGGAUGUUUGAACGACGCAGAAGGCGAGAACGAAGAUGAAGUCGACGACCACGCCUGUGUAGUAGGCAUUGUUCGAGCGACCGAGCCUGUUGGUCGCACUCGGUCUAGUGGUCCGCCUCCGGUGGAGCAAAUUUACAUUGCGACUCCGUGUUUCUAUUGUCGAGCACAACCAAAUGUUUCGUGUUCGCUCAAUAUCAACACUCAUCUUGGCAAACGCCCCAAAGGUGUCGUGAAGAAUGACGCCGCAGACCCCGUGUUGGAGAAAAGUCUUACGGGUCGUCGAAUGUUGGCUGCUUCGGGGUCGUUGAAGCCUUCUGAGAAGAAGUUCUUCUUGAGUGCGUGGGGGGAGUUGGAAGGGUUUGUGCGCAACAUGAAGAAAACGGGUAAAACCCGGGCUUCAUCGUCCAAAACUCCAGAUUGGGCGACAUUCAUGUUGGAUGAGGAGAGCGAGGACGAGGAUUGA